AUGAGGGUCCAACUCUCAACCCUGGGAGUCUUCACCUUGCUGUUCAUUGUUUCUCUGGCAGGAAUCUUCUUUGAGAGUCACGGGUGCUCCUCAGAGUACAGCCACUGCAGAAUGAAAUGCGAAACCACCGAAUAUGCCAUCAGAUACUGUGAGGACUGGACCAUCUGCUGCCGGUCAAAGGAAUACAUAAAGAGUAAAAGGACAUGGUGA